GGGGGAGUGCGGCGCCAAUUGAACAAACCCUAAACCUGCUAUCUGCUGCGCAUUGGAGGCUGGAAGCUGAUUCUUCGUUUCCACUUGAAGCACCCAUCCACAUCUCUGAACAAGCUAAUUAUGCCUCCGAAGGCAAAGAAGGAAGCUCCGGUCGAAAGGCCCAUUCUUGGCCGUUUCUCUUCUCACUUGAAAAUCGGAAUCGUUGGAUUGCCAAAUGUGGGCAAGUCUACCCUUUUCAACACCUUGACGAAACUGUCAAUACCCGCUGAGAACUUUCCAUUUUGUACCAUUGAGCCUAAUGAGGCACGGGUUAAUAUCCCCGAUGAACGUUUUAAUUGGCUUUGCCGGUUGCACAAUCCGAAGACUGAGGUAUCAGCUUUUCUUGAAAUUCAUGAUAUAGCUGGACUUGUGAAAGGUGCUCAUGAAGGGCAAGGAUUAGGGAACAGUUUUCUCUCUCACAUUCGUGCAGUUGAUGGAAUUUUUCACGUCUUACGUGCUUUUGAAGACCCAGAUAUUAUCCAUGUUGAUGACACGGUUGAUCCAGUCAGGGAUCUAGAAAUUAUUACCGAAGAAUUACGGCUCAAGGACCUUGAGUUCAUGGCAAGAAAGAUAGACGAUGUUGAGAAGAGCAUGAAGAGAAGUAAUGACAAGCAGCUGAAGAUAGAGCUUGAGCUGUGUAUGCGGGUCAAGGCAUUUAUAGAGGAGGGGAAAGAUGUUCGUUUAGGGGAUUGGAAAACUGCAGAUAUUGAAAUACUGAAUACCUUCCAAUUGCUGAGUGCCAAACCUGUUGUUUAUUUAGUUAACAUGAAUGAAAGAGAUUAUCAGAGGAAAAAGAACAAGUUUCUGCCCAAAAUUCAUGCUUGGGUUCAGGAACAUGGAGGGGAGCAAAUCCUUCCUUUCAGUGCAGGCCUAGAGAGAAAUCUUGCUGAUAUGCCUGAAGAUGAAGCUGCAAAGUAUUGUGAGGAAAACAAAGUACAAAGUGCCCUACCAAAGAUCAUAAAGACUGGAUUUGCGGCCAUCAACCUUAUUUACUUUUUCACUGCAGGCCCUGAUGAGGUCAAAUGCUGGCAGAUUAGAAAACUAACAAAGGCUCCUCAAGCUGCUGGAACCAUUCAUACCGACUUUGAGAAGGGAUUCAUUUGUGCUGAGGUUAUGAAGUUUGAAGAUCUAAAGGAGCAUGGCAGUGAAACAGCUGUUAAGGCUGCUGGCAAGUACAAACAGGAAGGUAAAACAUAUGUUGUUCAAGAUGGAGACAUCAUAUUUUUCAAGUUCAAUGUUUCUGGUGGUGGAAAGAAGUGAGAUUGGCUUGGGAAGUUUGAAUGUAACAUUCAUCAAUUAGCAUCAUCAUCAUCAUCUCUACUUAUUUAUGUUUAUUACUACUGGGUUGAGUUUGUAUUAAAUUUUUGUCCUUUUAAGUUGGAUCCGAUCCACUAUAACUUAAGUUUUUUAUUUAUUUCUGUUGAAUAGGCCAGACACUAGUAAUUGGCCUGAAAGCCAAUAACAGUACUGUUUUGUGAUCCUCCUUUAUUUAUUGAAUAUUUAAGCA